UCUCAUACGAAGUGGCUCAGUCACAAUAAUCAUACAAUUUAAAUCAGACGUGUUGUCAGGAAAUGGAUAAACAUGUAGAAAAUGUGACCAAUAGUGUUAAACACAAUGUUGACAACGAUAGAUGGGGAUAUGUGGUUUGUUUUGGAACCAUCAUAUGCUUCAUCGCUGGCAUCGGCCACGUGAAUUCCUUUGGCCUGAUAUACAAUGACUUUAUUACCUCAACAAACUCUACAGCCAAAUCUUUGACAUCCGCUCAUGGGGUGUUUGCUAUAAUGCUGGCUAUAGGAGGAAUUAUUCUCAAUAUAAUCUCCAAAAGAGUAUCAUUACAAAUUGGAGGUUUCAUUGGAGCUAUAUUAUUAUCUUUAGGAUCAUUUUUCACAAUUUUUAUAACAAACACAGCACAGCUGCCAUUUACUUUCGGCACACUUCAAGGCAUUGGCUUUGGCAUGAUUGUACCCGUUUGUUACUCAACUCUCAAUUUCUACUUUGUAAGAAAGAGAACUACAGUAAUGAGCAUGUGCAAAGCAAUUCAAGGAGUGAUUUUGAUGUGGUAUCCUCAACUGAUAAAGAUAAUAUUAUCUUCAUACGGAUUCCGAGGAACUUUACUUAUCAUAAGUGGAAUAACUUUACACACAUUUCCUGGAGUAUUGGCAAUGAGGACUCAGAUCGGAAAGAAGCCCGAAAACAAAACAAAUAUUGAAUCUGGGAAAACAAGAGACGAGAAUGUUGAUUUGUUGAAUGAAAAUGAAAGUAACAGGAAAGUUGAAAGCGAAAAUGAUAAGAAGGAAGAACCGAAAAGUAUUAUCAGUAAACUUGGAUUCAUAGUACAAAACUAUUUAAAUUUAAGAAUCUUGAAGGAUCCGGUCUAUUGUAACAUUUGCAUAGGUCAGAGUUUUGUUAACUUCUCCGAUGUGACCUUCUUUGUUUUACAACCAAUGCUACUUUUUCAAUACGGCUAUAGUAAGACUGAGGUUGCCAUGUGUAUAUCAAUAUGCGCCGGCGCAGACGUCACUGGUCGUUUCGUGCUGGCCGCAGUAAGCAGCUUCACGCAUAUCAAUGUUCGAUUGAUUUUCUAUGUCACAACAUGUCUCACUUUACUCAGUAGAAUAGCCAUUCUCCAAGUGCGACAGUUCGUCUGGGUAGCGAUAGUGACUGGAAUCCUGGGCGUGCUCCGUGCGUGGCUCCACGUCGCAAGUCCACUAGUCAUCUCCAACCAUGUCCCACAUAAGGACUUCCCUGCAGCAUACGCCCUUCUGUUGCUGUCAGUCGGUUUGGUCAACGUAGCCUUCGCGCCAGCCAUUGGUAUGCUAAAGGACGAAUACCAAGAUUACAUUCCCGCGUUUUACGCCCUUGCAGUUUGCUGUUUGCCCUGCCUAUUUUGUUGGGCAAUCGAGUUUAGUAUUAGACGAAAGUGGUGAAACUUUCAAUGGAGUAAUUUGAACCUUUUAUUGCAUUACUAGCUGUCUCCGGCGGUUUUGGUUCAGUGGAAAUUGUC